GUUUAUCUGCCCUGGCUUGGGGACAUAUGAGUUUCUCUCAAGGACAGCAGGUAUCACAUCUUUCACAGUAAAUGACCUCCUGUACCCUUCCUGGGGACUAAGCACUGACUUCUGGUUGUUCUGGAUAAUGGAAUAGGAAGGUUUCUGAGAACCCCUCAUUGUUGGUGCCAUUCUGACACAAACUCUUCUAUGGCACCAGAAAACCAAACAACAGUCUUGGAAUUCCAUCUCAUGGGACUCUCAGAGGAUCCAGACUUACAGACCAUCCUCUUUGGACUGUUCCUGUCCAUGUAUCUGGUCACUGUCUUCGGAAACCUGCUCAUCAUCCUAGCCAUCAUAUCAGACUCUCACCUGCACACACCCAUGUACUUCUUCCUCUGCAACCUGUCCCUGGUUGACAUCUUUUUUUGCUCCACUACUGUUCCCAAGAUGCUAGUGAACAUCCAGACCCAGAGCAGAGCUAUCUCUUUCACAGGCUGUCUUGUCCAAAUGUAUGCCUUUCACCUCUUUGGGACUAUAGACAGCUUCCUUCUGGCAGUGAUGGCCAUUGACAGGCUGGUGGCCAUUGCCUACCCACUCCGCUACUCAGUGCUCAUGAGCCCACAUGUCUGCGCACUACUGGUGGGUGGGACAUGGGUUAUUACUAAUCUCCAGUCCUUGGUACACACUUGUCUCAUGGCUCAACUAACCUUCUGUGCAAGAUCAGAAAUCCCUCACUUCUUCUGUGACCUUAUGCCCCUCCUGAAACUCUCCUGCUCAGAUACACACAUCAAUGAGCUGGUGAUCUUUGCUUUUGGCAUUGUCAUGGGCCUCAGCCCACUGUCCUGCAUCCUUGUCUCCUACAUCUGCAUUUUCAGGGCAGUUUUCAGGAUCCCUUCUGCUCAGGGCAAGUGGAAAGCCUUCUCUACUUGUGGCUCACACCUCACUGUGGUGUCACUGUUCUACGGGACCAUCUUUACUGGAUAUUUACUGCCAGCAUCCCCCAGCUCCUCCCAGAAAGACAAGGCAGCUGCGUUAAUGUUUGGGGUGGUUAUCCCUACAUUAAACCCCUUUAUCUACAGCCUAAGGAACAAGGACAUGAAGGCAGCCCUGAGGAAGCUUGGCAGCAAAGCAGUCUCAUUCCAGUCCUAGUGCAGAGCAGGAGCUGUGUGGCCACUGAU